UUGCUGCUGGGUCACGGCCAACAAUGGGACGCAUGGUUGCUUCUUGGAGGGCUCCCGUGUCCCGACAAUGAGAGACUCGCCCAACUCGCCCCCGUCCUCCAUUUCUCGCUGAGCUCGCUGCAAUAAAUACAGUCGAACCCCGUUUGUCGCUCCGCUUCCCUUUCUCGCAAGCAGCAACCCGCAAGCUAGUAGCCCGACCUUGCUCGACUACUACACACUACAGCACUCCUCCGCGACCCCACAGCCCAUCAUCCACUGCCUCCACAGCCCACCCACCAGCCCAUCCCUAGCCAUGGCUUUCAACGACCGCUACGACAGCAGCGCCAUCGACAGCGAUUCCGAUUGGGAAUCCGAUGGCCACGACGAGAUGGUCCGCAGCUUCCAGCGCGUCCCCUACACCAAGCCCCCAGCUAGGGCCUCCCUCAUCUCCAUCGAGAUGGCCGGCGGCAUGAUCCCGGGAAACCCAGGCACGCUGCCGACGAAUCCAGGCCCGCCGCCGUCGAAUCCAGGCCCGCUGCCCACGAAUUCGGGCACCCUGCCGACCAAUGCCUCGGGUCCCGGCCGCCAUACCCUGCGAAGGACUGGCAAGGCCACGGCCAAGUCUCUGGCGAUCUCGGAGAGCGAGCUGUCCAGCUACUUGUCCAACCUGUCCAUGUCGGGCUCGGGCUCGGGCUCGGGCUCGGGCUCUCAGGCGAACAGCAACAGCUCCCUCGGGGCGUCCACCACGACCGCCGCGACCUCGCAGUCGAACAGCAACCCCGACGAAGGCUGCUUGAUGAUGGCGAACCGGCGUCCACGCAAAGAGCCGGCGGCCGAGUCCGAGUCCACCACGAAGUUCCUCACGCAGCCUGCGAAUACCCCGGUGAUCAAGAUUAACUCUCCGAAAGUCAUUCGACAGGAGAUGGUCAAGAGGGAACUAUCAGAAUCCUUACGCCUGAGCAUGAUCUGGGAGCGGUCUCAUAAGAACGCCACCGCAAACGCCGUCCUCAAGCGUCGACACACAGCGCCCAACGUGCGCCAUCUGCGACGACAGCGCAAGUUUUCCCGUCCGAGUGCCAACAUGAGUUGCCAGGAGCUCCAGAUCAUUCGAAACGGAUACAACGACAAGGGCUGGUGAAGUGCCC